UACAAAAACAAAAUUAGUUAUCUUUAAGUAGGUUGCCAAUGUUAAUGAUGAUCACAAAGCAUCGUAUUAAGUAUUUAUAAUUCUUACUUAUUUGAAAAAGUUAUACUGCUGAACAAACGUAGUAGUAUGUAGCUUAAAACGAAACGUUAAAUUCCAAACGUAAACAAUGAAGGGAAGUGUGAUGUGACGUUAAUUUGAAAAUUUCGCGAAAACAAAUGAAUAAAAAUGCAAAAGUACAGUAAAUUCGUUUAUAAGUGACGAUAAUUUUAUCUCAAUUUAAAUCAAUAAGCCAUUAUCUUCAUUUAUUAAACUAGUUAUUCAAAUCGGUAAUUUACGUGAUAUCAGUCUCCACAGGAAAUGAAUGGGCUCGGUCUACUAUUCGAAAUCGUGAUAUUUUUUGUAAAUAAAUCAUGGGUACAACGUACAGGGAAUUAUUUAAAUUAUACGACUUGAUUCAAAGUGGAGAAAUAAGUUCUCUGAAAUGUUACCUGAGGGACAAUAUUGUUGCAAUAAACAACAUAUUACCAUGCAAGGGUAUUGGCCUACUGCAUUUGGCUGUGGGGGUAGACCCUCCGGACAAGUCUCAGGAAUUUACAGAGAUCUUGUUGAAAUAUGGGGCAGAUCCUAAUUUACGUAAUGACGAUGGUAUAACCCCACUUCAUAUAGCCUCAAUAUGGGGCCGCGUGGACAACCUAAAACUGCUGAUAGGCUGUGGAGGAGAUCCAUCCCUGCAGGACUUCGACGGCCACUCCUCAUUUGACUAUGCUGUCAAAGAGGAACAAUGGGACGUGUAUGACUAUUUACACAAUGUAAUGGAUCCCCUUGAUGACUCAUUUGGCUCUCCCUGUGGAUAUACUUUAGAUUUAGAUAAAAUAUUAGUAACAACUGAGGAAAUGGUUGCUGAAUACGCACCUGUAACACCACAGCAUCUAUCAAGCAUAACUGCACCACGAAAAUCUGAAAUGAUCCGAGACUGGUGUGAAAAAACAAGUCUAGUAAUGAACAAGUUGUACCCGACCAUCAUAAAUGAGACAUAUUUAUUAGAAAACGAAUCUGUACCUUGGAAAAGUAAUGAUUUUACCAAAAACAUGACCCUUGAUCUCACACAAAGUAGGUUAUCAGGUGAUAAACUAAAUGAUACUAGUUUUAAGACGUGUUUAUCUAAGAAAGACUCAGAUGAAAUUGACAUAAGUGGGAUACAACACUUGCAAAUCACAUCGGACAAAUCGAAAGACUGUUCCUGUGGGAAUGAAAACAAAAGACGUGACCGUAUAAGUAUUUACGAGAACUUUUCACUCCCAGGAUCUCCAAAAAGCAUUACUCACAAAAAUUAUCAUACGAAAAGUAGUUUAAAAAAGACGAAAUGUCAUUGCAAAGAUACAAAAUCAAUUAAUACAAAUUCGUUAGUUACGAAUGAUUCUGAAUCAUCACACAAAUUGGAUAAAGCUAUGGUUAUUGUUCAGAACAGGACAAAUGAAUGGUUGUGGUCAAGUAAUGAAGGUCAAACCGAUGUUAAAGUAAAAAAUACCAGGAGGUCAUCAGCCAGUAGCGGUGUUAGUAGUAACUUCUCUUCGGGCAGUAUAAUGAUAGCAAAUAUGAGUGAGGAGUAUAAGUAUGAAGACAAGAAAGAAGAUGUUGUGUUGAUUGAGAAAAGGUUGCUGGUGUCUCCUAUAGUACUGCCUCUCGACGAAGCGGCGGAUGCCACCAGUCCGGACCAAACGAUCGUCUCCGUGGCGUCCUCCCUGCCGCCCUCCGUGCAGUACGACAGCAAUACUCUCAAGGAGGAACUCCUGAAACUGGGCUUCAAACCCGGACCCAUACAGGACUCAACCAGGACACUUUACCUGAAGAAACUGCAGGCACUCAAGAAAAACCCGAUGGUCGUCAAAAAACAAGGAAAAACAUACAGCGUGGAACUAGAAAAAUCACUUCGCGACGCCGAAUGGAUGAAAAACCUCACCCCAUACAUAGAGCUUGAAAACAAAACGCGCGCAGAUUUCGCGAACCCAAACAAGAAAUGGCGGGAAGGCGCUGCUAAGACUUCCUUCACAUAUUUACUGUUGGAUCCUCGGGUGACAGACAAUUUGCCUGCGAGGGCCAGCAAGCAAGACCAACAUUUGUCGUGGAUUACAUUCGUUAAUUCAAUCUUCUAUGUUGGGAAAGGUAAACGUUCCCGCCCAUACUCUCACUUAUACCAAGCUCUGACGCUCUGGAAGCGAGACUUCACCACGUCCAAGGACAAAAAAGUGCAACACAUCCUGGACAUUUGGUCUGACAAGGUCGGUGUCAUCUGCCUUCACAUCUUCCAGAAUGUCAUCCCGGCAGAAGCAUAUACUUACGAAGCCGCCAUGAUUGAUGCACUAGGCCUUCCUAAUUUGAAGAAUCUCAAAACGGGAAACUAUUACGGCGUGACUGCGUCAUGGCCGCUCAAAGAGAGGAAGCUGUUGGGGUUGUACUUACUUUAUAAGGCCAUGCUUAUAUUUCUCAGUGAGGGCGAAAGACAGUUGCGGCCGGACGAUAUAGACUGACAUAUGGUUUCCACUGCAUUGGUUCCGCACUACAGUUUAUUUAAUUGGCACCAUAAAUUAUUUUAGGACAUUUUGGAUAUGGUUCAUAUCAACUAUUAAGUCCGUCAUUGCAAACGUUGUCCAUAAAAAGUGAUUUUAAAGUCAGAUAUGGCGAAUGAUUAUUUAAGAGAUUGGAUAUUCUGAGAAUGACGUAUUUGUGUUGACUUUACCUUGAAUGGAGUUUUUCCAUGCUCUCUACAAUUUUUGUGUCGUUACCGACCGCUGUAUAUUUCUGGAUUUGAAGUGUAUUUAUUGUAACUACCUAAUUUAUUUCUAGUGUGUAUAACUUAUUUCUAAUGAUGUUUACGAAAUUGUAUUUUCAAUGUACUUACAUGUUAAAGGAUUUGUUUCACUGCAAAAAAUCUUAAAAUAAAACAACUAUAGAGCAAAACAGCUCUAUUCCAAUAAUAAUUAUUAGGCAUUAAAUUAAUUUCAGACUUUGUGUUUUUUGUGCAGUUUCAAACUUUGAUCUGUUCUUUCUAUUUAUGAAAUAUCUCAUUGGAAUCAGUUACUUCUUCAGAUCAACUUAAAGAGAAUAUGUAUCUAACUCUUUAAAUAAUAACUAUUUCACAGUUUACUUAAAGCUUCGUGCGAGUGGUAAUUUGAUGAUUGGUACAUUACAUAAUUUUAACUUGAAAUUUUGAGGAUUUGGAUGUAUUUUUCUUGAUAAUGUAUAUUCGUGAUUUGCUGCAAAUAUUUGCAGAAAAAUUGUACAAAGUUGCCAAAGUAUUUGUAAGUUUUUUACAUCUUUUAAUUUAAUUGCCAUUUAUUCAUAGUUUCUUUCUAUU